AUGCUUUGUGCGAGGCCGCCGACCCAGCAGCAAAGGUAUGAAGACAGAUUGAAAUCAGUUUAUAAAACAGAACAUACCCACGCAUCAGGCACGGGUGCGAGUGGAAGUGGAAGUGGGGGUGGAAGGUGGGGUGUGGGUGUGGGUGUGGGUGUGGGAGUGGGAGUGGGUGCGGGUGGAUGUCAGGCGGGAUUGGUGGUGAUGAGAGGAGGAGCGGGGACGGGGACGGGGACGGGGGCGGGGGUUGGAUUUGAGUCUGGUUCUGGGUCUGCGUCGAGCGUGUGUGUGUGUAAGGAUGAACAGAAGGAUGCGGAUGGACAGGAACUAGAGCUCGAGCUCGCGCUGGAGUAUAAACACGACACGGCGUUCGAGUAUCAGUUUGAGCUUCCCGCUUCUUUCGGUUUCGGUUUCGCCUUCUUCGCCGGAUUUUGCGUCGACUUCGCCCUCUUCGCCGUCUUUUGCUUCGCCGGCGCUGGCUCCGUCGCCUUUGCCGGUGUUAUCGAGCGUAUCUGCAACCACAACCGCGACCGCACCAGCCUCAGCCUAGCACCAUCCUCAACACCAGCGCACGGUAAACAACAAGAACAAGAACAGAAAGACAUAUCACCAACCCCACCCCCGAUCCCGUUUCCUACCCAUGGAACGACAUGUGCAGCUUCAGCUUCAGCUUCAGUGUCGGACGUGUCGAUGUCGACUUCGAGGGGUGGGAUGUUGCGCAGUAGGAGGAGGAGUAAGGGGCGGGGUGCGGUGGGGGUGGUGAUGAUGAUGGAAGAGGAAGAGAGAGAGAGGGAGAUGGAGAUGCAAGUGCAAGUGCACGUGAAAAUGCACGCGCACGCACACGCACGCGGAGGCAAAUACGCACCACGCGCGGAUCUGCGCGCGGUUAUCGAUAUUGGUUCUCCGCACUCCCUUUCCUUCCACCAGCAACGUCAUCAGCAUCUAACUACCACCACCACACCCAACACCACCACUACUACCACAAGACCAAAGACAAAGACAACACUCCCAGCGCGCGCACUCGACGGUCCCAUCUUUGGCUUUAAGAACUUCAACAAAGGGUAUGCGCUGUAUGAGAGGGACUACGAGUAUGAUGGGCGCGGGUACGAGUCGGGGCCAGGCGGGUCAGGCAGGUCGGAAGAGUCGCCGUCGGUGUAUUCGUGUGAGAGUGCUGUGAGAGCGGAUGGUGGUGUCGGUGUUGAUGUUGAUGUGUGUGGGGGUGUAAAUGCAGAUGGCGAGGCAGAGGUGGACGAAAGACACGAACAUGAACAUGAAGAAGAGCAUGACCAUGACCACGACUACGACCACGACGACGCACACUCCCUCAUCGGCUCGUCGUCCUCGUAUUUUGUCGCGCUCUGUGCUAGGAAGGAUGCGGCGCGGGAUUUUGGAGCCGAGUUUGGGUUAUCUUCGUCUUUGUAUUCGCCUUCGGGUGGAGGUGCGGAGUAUGAAGAUCUAGGAGCUGGCUCUGUGGAACAAGUCAACGAAGGCGGGAUAUCAAACUCGAACUCAAAUUCAAGUUCAAAUGCGAACGCGGACGCGAACACGUUCACGCCGUACGUCCCGCUCGUUAUCCAGCACGACCGCGAGCGCGCGCAGGCGUGGGAUAUGAAGAGAGGGCGUCGAUGUCGACGUCGAUCACCAUCGCCAUCACCAGCGUCAGCGUCGUCGUCCUCACGGCGUAGACCUGCAAACGUGCCUCAUCCGCUACCAUUGCCAUUGUCAUCAGCAAUAGCAGCCCUAUCGUCCCCUAUCCUUCCUUCGCCACCGCUUUCGCCUUCGCCGUGGCUUUCGCUUUCCCCAUCGCCAUCGCCUACAAGUCCGAGCCCUGUUCUUCCACUCCAACAACAGUACCAACACCAGCCGCAUCAACAUCAGCAGCAGCAGCAGCUCCCACCGAGAUUUUCACGCUCUCUCUCCCUAUCAAGCACAGAGAGCGGCGCGCCUGUUACGCCGUGCACGCCUUUGUUCGUUAUUACGGAGGCGGAUGGACGGAGUUCGCGUGCUGUGCAGGGGAAAGAUGGUGUAGGUGACGAGGAUGAGAAUGAUGAUGGCGAGCAGGCUAGGCAGAUAGGGGUGUCGCGGCCUAUUGCGUUCGCGAUCCCGCCUGCGUCUGCGUCGCCGACGGUACAGCAGCAGCAUUUCUUCGCGGCGCGUACGUCUACGGCUACGGCUAGCCCUGCCCUAGCUUUAGAUCCAUCGGGCGCUCCGUCUGUCCAACACCAAACUCAACCACAAUCACAAUCACAACCACAACAACAAGCAAACGCCUGUACAGCGUCCCCGCCAUCCUCACCACAGACGCAAACCUCUACACAAACCUCCACAUACGCACACGCACGCACACACACAUGUACACGCACACGCACAAGCACACGCACAAGCGCACACACAAGCGCACUCAGCGCACUCGCUGAAACGAGUCAAAACCCGCUCCAGGCAGAGUAA